AUGCUGUGUGCCCGUCUCGAAGCAUUGUCAAGUGGUCGAGUACUGCGUGAUAUUGCUCUACGAACCAACUCCUCAGCACCAAAUGUGAUGCAUGCGAACCCAGCGUUGCUGAUGCCGGAUAUCCGUAAAGAAGCUUCUGAUGAGGACUUGUUGACUAUUCUUGAUUCUCUGUCUUUGCGCAUUGAAAAUGCUCUGGGUACCAUACAUCGUCAUCAAGUCAGUGGAUACGAUGGCGUUCUCUCUCAGCUCGCCGAGGCUAUCCGGCUGAAUCCGGAGAUGAUCGUUCAGGCCUUGGCGAUGUACCAGGGGGUGAUGGGGAUGCGAUAG